CCGAAAAAUGGAAGGCACCUUGUCAUGUGACUAGCUGGGUCUCGCUUGCACACCAGCCCACACAAAAUAUUUUGGUGCGUAAUUUGAACUUGUCUUGACAACUCCUCGCAACUUCACUAACCAGCAGACAACACACCGCCGGACAAGAUGAAGUUCCUCAAGGUCGGCCGAGUCGCCAUCAUCACCCGCGGCAGAUACGCCGGAAAGAAGGUUGUCAUCAUCCAGCCCGUUGACAACGGCAACAAGCCUCACCCUUUCGGCCACGCCCUGGUUGCCGGCAUUGAGCGAUACCCCUCCAAGAUCACCCGCCGCAUGUCCAAGACCCGCCAGGAGAAGCGAAACAAGAUCAAGCCUUUCAUCAAGGUCAUCAACUACAACCACUUGAUGCCCACUCGCUACACCCUGGAGCUCGAGGGCCUCAAGGGCGCCGUCUCUAACGACACCUUCAAGGAGGUUUCCCAGCGCGAGGAUGCCAAGAAGACUGUCAAGAAGGUGCUCGAGGAGCGAUACACCAGCGGCAAGAACCGAUGGUUCUUCACCCCUCUCAAGUUUUAAAAAAGGAAUCGUUUCUCCAUCACGGUUAGGGAGUUGGCGGGAUGUACAGAGCAUCGAUGGCAUUAAGGAACGCCGGUUUUUAUGGGCUCAAUAUGAAGUUUCUUAAAUCACAACCAGAUCUCUACUUGCCGCGUGAUUGUAGCGUCAAUAUACAACGCGGAUCGGACGGACGUGUUGUCCCGACCGAAGGAUACCACUGGCGGAGUUCAAUGAAUUGGUGCCAUCAAUGAGGUGUUGAAUAGACCUUGAGGACUUUUCUUGACGGUUGAAUGUCUACGAGGUUUACGAAAUCCAUAACAUGAAUCAAAAUUUACCGUCAAAACGUACAUUACGCGCAAACAAAACCUGGUGAAACGAAAGAGAGGGAAAAUAGAUCAAUGAACUUUUGUUAUGGUAGGUUUUUCUUAACCGUUUCGUUUCUACAUGUCUAUGGCCAAACGCCGUCUAGAGUUACACAUCAAUUAGACCUUUCGUGAUGCGGUUCAUACAUGGACCGCUACCUCGCGCUCUGCGCCCAGCUCUAUGGCUUUACACUUCAUAAGACCUCCCUUCCCCAAUCAAACAGAAUAUAUCAAAAAGUCUCCAAUCCACAGAAAAGUGCGCCAAGUCAAUCCGACUGUGGACACAUUCAGACCAAGUUCAACAACUUGGUUGGGCGUAAUACAUAAGGAAAUAACGGAUAUAGAAAAGAGGUUCCUUAGAUCGCCGUUCGCCCCGUGAAGUAAACGUCAGGGUCUUGUUUCCCAUUGGCACCAUAUAAUACAGAGCUCUAGACGUGCUGGGCAUCGUUGAUGCCAAAACGGUUGGACACCUCAUUGGCCAGUCUAGUGGGAUCAACCUCUGAGGAGUAACCAGGAGCAAGGCCACCAAAGAAGGUGAAGAUUAGGAAAGCGGUGGCGAUGAUAAUGGUGACCUUGCGGAGAAUGGGCUUGCGAGCACCAAACUCAGCCCACUGUCGGUUGGCAUCAGCAAUGUGGCCCUUGAUCUGCUCGUAGCCGAGCUUAUAGUAGACCAUGCCACCAAGAGCAAUGGAGUAGCCAAAGAAUUGGAGACCAGUAACCUGGGUGCCCCAGAUCAUCAUAGAAGCAAUGACCAGAAGAAUAUCCUUGAGAACACCGCAGAGCGUGAGGACGACAGCAGAAGUCUUGCCAAUCUGAGAGUCAAGUUAGUAUGAAGUUGCGUGGGAAUUGCCAAGGGAAACAUACCAGGAAGACGACGGAGACAUUGA